AAAACAGAGCAGGUGGACCAACACACAAUGCAGUGUGUGUGUGUGUGUGUGUGUGUGUGUGUGUGUGUGUGUGUGUGUGUGUGUGUGUGUGUGUGUGUGUGUGUGUGUGUGUGUGUGUGUGAGACAUAAUACUGUAAUAAUACACCAGGGUUCCUCCUCAUGGGGUCCAGGCUGUGUUCAGUUCCGUCUCCGGUGAAAAGGCCUCUGGACCGGACCACAGUUCUGUGGUUCUGCUCAGAUUUGUUGCGCUGAGGAGUUCAUCACGGCGACGUUGUUCAUCUCCCUGAGAUCUGUGGACUCGAAUCCUCCUGGUCUCUGGAGAGCGUCAGUCCUCUUCCCGGUCCCUUCAGAACGCCGUCCUGCGUCCUGAGCCUGCAGCUGCCACCGCCAUGAAGAGUUUCCAGAGAGCUCUGACUCUGCUGAGGAGGGAAGGUCUCAGAAGCAGGACUGGAUGAGUCCAGCAGGACCGGGACGAGUCCAGGACCCCACAGGGCCCUGGCCUCAGAGGAGCCACGAUGAAGGACUUCAGUCUCUGGGCUCUUCUUCCUCUUCUCCACGCCCUGUUCACGGCUGCUGGACUCUGGCUGGUAUACUCCGUCGCAGUGGACAACCAGAACGUGGCUCCUCUGAGUUCUCAGACCUGGAGAACAAACGGAUCUCUGUAUCCUCCGUACAUCAGCAUUGCAGGAAACUUCCCUCCGGCCAGCUGUAUCUUCAGUCAGGUGAUGAACCUGUCGGCGUUCGCAGGCCUCCUGAUCGGACUGCUCCGGUACCUGCAGGUCCGACGCCGUCUGGUCUCGGUGUGGCUGAACCGCUGCAGCCUGGCGGCUUUCAGCACCGCCUGCUGCGGGAUGAGCCUGCUGGGAAACUUCCAGAUCUUUCCUCAGCUGGUCGUCCAUAACCUGGGCACGGCGCUGACCUUCGGCCUGGGGUUGGUCUUCUGCUGGACGCAGGCGGUCAUCACCCUGAAGGCCGACCAGGGGAGCCGGGCUGGAGCCGCGGUUCGAUUCCUGCUGUCCGCCUGCAUCACGCUCUGCAUGGUUCCCUACUUCUGGCUCAUGGCUCUGGAGCAGCACCUGCAGGCCGCCCGCUGCCAGUGGGCGCUGGUGUCCUUCCUCCUCCUCUUCAUCAGCACCUUCGCCCUGGAGUUCCGACACAGCAGCUUCCACAUCGUGACUCUGGACACGGCGGCUCGUCCCUUCACUCAGUCCGACCACAGGGACGCGUCUGAAGCCCCGCCCACCCGCAUCUGAGGCUCCGCCCACCAACAUCUGAAGCCCCGCCCUGCCGUAUUUGUGCUCCGCCCACUGGUUUCUGUGGCCCGCCCAACUCCACUAUGCAUCUGCUUUUUUCUGUCAUGAAGGUUGAAUGUAUCAUAUAUGAAGUAAUCAGAUUACUGUAUGAAACGGCACUUUAAAAUAAUGGCCAGUUACUCUGAUGGUUUUGAACCAAAGAUUUUAUUUUGAAACCUAAAAUAUCUGAAAUGUUUUUGUUCAUUCCACAUUUCUUCUUCAUUUUAUUGGAUUUCUGUUACUUUUCCUUCUUUUUCUUUCAUGGUUCCAUUCAGUCCGUCUGCAGGUUUCUGAAGCACUUUGUAAUGUUUGUCUUUGGUGGCAUUUAUUUUUUUUAAUAUUUAAACUCUUUCAAAAUAAACUGAUGAAGAAACCAGCUGUGAUGUCAUUGAAGUG